AUGGUAAACGACUCCAGGGCGAGCCUCAGUGAUGCACCCGAGACUGAGGCGUAUUACAGUACGUGGUAUUGGUGUGAGCAAACCUACCAAAACGUCACCGCGGAGCCUGGCAGAAUCAGCAACGCAGACUUUGCCUCCGAGAUGCUUUCCCGUCCAGAUGGCGUCAGCAAUGAACAAGGUUUGGAUGGAGCUGAGUAUUUGCCAUUGGUUGCAAAUUCAACUGGCCAUGGCUUCAACAUCUCUGCCACACCCAAUAAUGUCCUGUUCCCGUAUCUGUACAACCUGCUCACACGAGACAUCGUGGACAUGUAUCCGCACACAGGAUCAGACUUUGAUAAUAACUCUCUCGACUUGUCAACAUUUCUUUACACGACAGACCUCAAGAAUUUCACCGCAAAUCUAGCAAAGACGCUUACGAAUCAAAUACGAAGCGCGGCCCCGGGCGACAACAACAAUGCCACAUCAUUUCCCGGAGAUGUGUUUAUCAAGGAGAUUUGUAUUCGAGUUAGAUGGCCUUGGUUGAUCAUCCCUCUUGUCGAGACAUUGACCACGGCGGUGCUCCUAGUCUCUUGUAUAGUCCUCUCUAGGCACAGCCGUCUUUUGAAGACGUCCCUUAUCGCGCUCCUUGUCCACGGGCUAGACGGCUGGAGCGCGGAUGAGAUCAAUCUUCCGGAUGCUGAGGAUUCUGAGAAGCUGGAAACGGUGGCGGAAGGAAUGAGGGCGAGAUUUAUAGCGGAUAGUGAUGGACGGCUCCGAUUUUCUAAAGCCUGA